UCAAAAAUGGCUCUGACACUUCGUUCUUCAACUUCUUUUAUCAACUUUAAAGACAGCAGCAGUCUAAAAACUCCAGAUGAUUACAGUGGCAUGGUCUGUUUUGCCCAGAUCAGGCCAACAUGCCGCCUCCGGGCGAGGAAUUCAAUGCAAGAAGCUCCAAUCUCACGUGAGAGACCCUCACUGCUCGAAGGGAGAAAAAAUGAGCAGGGAGAGAAACUUCAUGGUUUACCAGCUCCUCAUAGCCAAAACGGUUCAAGGGUACCUGUUUUUGUGAUGCUACCACUUGAUACCGUAUCAGUUGGUGGGAACUUGAGCAAGCCAAGAGCGAUGAAUGCUAGUUUGAUGGCUUUGAAAAGUGCAGGAGUUGAAGGAGUAAUGGUUGAUGCUUGGUGGGGAUUGGUAGAGAAAGAUGGACCCUUGAAAUAUAACUGGGAAGGUUAUGCCGAGCUUGUGAAUAUGGUUCAAAACCAUGGCUUGAAGCUGCAAGUUGUUAUGUCUUUCCAUCAAUGCGGAGGGAACGUUGGCGAUUCUUGCAGCAUCCCCUUACCCCCAUGGGUGCUCGAAGAAAUGAGCAAGAAUCCCAACCUUGUCUACACAGAUAGAUCAGGCCGAAGGAAUCCUGAGUACAUCUCACUGGGCUGUGAUUCUUUACCACUGCUCAGAGGCAGAACACCAAUUCAGGUCUACUCAGACUACAUGAUGAGCUUCAGAGACAGAUUCAAAGAUUACUUGGGGGAAGUCAUAAUGGAGAUUCAGGUGGGAAUGGGGCCUUGUGGAGAGCUAAGAUACCCAUCCUAUCCAGAAAGCAAUGGAACAUGGAGAUUUCCUGGAAUUGGAGAAUUUCAAUGCAAUGACAAGUACAUGAAAUCUUCACUGGAAGCAUCAGCAGAGGCAAUUGGAAAGAAGGAUUGGGGCAAUGGAGGGCCUCAUGAUGCUGGCCACUAUAACCAAUUUCCCGAAGACACAGGGUUUUUCAGAAGGGAUGGAACAUGGAAUAGUGAAUAUGGACACUUUUUCUUAGAAUGGUAUUCAACAAAGCUUCUCGAGCAUGGAGACAGAAUCCUGGCUGCAGCAGAAGGUAUAUUCCGAGGUACUGGAGCUAAACUGUCUGGAAAAGUAGCUGGAAUACAUUGGCACUACAAAACAAGAUCACAUGCAGCAGAAUUAACAGCAGGAUACUACAAUACCAGGCAUCGAGAUGGCUACCUACCAAUAGCAAAUAUGAUGGGUAAGCAUGGGGUUGUCUUCAACUUUACAUGUAUGGAAAUGAAAGAUGAGCAACAGCCUGAAUAUGCAAAUUGCUCACCAGAAGGUUUAGUCAGGCAAAUAAAGAUGGCAACUAGAACAGCUGGAAUAGAACUUGCAGGAGAAAAUGCCCUUGAGAGACAUGAUGCUGGAGCUUAUGCCCAGGUAUUGGCAACAAGUAGAUCAGAUGCAGGAAAUGGAUUGAGUGCCUUCACAUACUUAAGAAUGAAUAAGCAUUUAUUCGAACCAAACAACUGGCAAAAUUUGGUGGAGUUUGUCAAAAGCAUGUCUGAAGGUGGUAGACACACAAGGCUUCCAGAGAGUGAUACAAGCAGGACAGAGUUAUACGUGGGAUUUAUCAAAGGAAAAAGUGAGCAGAAAAUUAAUGAGGCUGCCCUUGUAUAAAGCGACAUGGACAUAGAACUUUUACAUUCCAGAGCAAUAAAGAUAUAAGAGAAAAUAUAGGAGAUGAGAAGAAAUCAUACAUUCUGUACUUAUCAUACUACAAGGUAGACCAACAGAAGAAAACUAAAUCCAUAUAAAUUUAGAGCUCUGAAAAUCCAUCAUGAUAGCUAGACUUCAUAUGGUGGAGGGAAGCUAAAGAGCUUGUUAAGUAAUGGGUAUUAGACCUCCAUGUCCUUGAUGCAGUGUAAUUUAGCAACAUCACUUGAAGAUCAGCCAUGGAUUCAUAUUACGACAAUGCACUAUACAUCUCCAAUCCAAGUUCUUUACCUUUUUAA